CUCGUCCCCCAAAUCCAUUUACAGUCGCCACUCGCCACUUUGUUUCCACCUUUUUCUUCAGUUAUUCACUAAUCCACUUUUAACAUCGUUGAAUUCCUUCGCCUCAUCCUAUUUAUAGCUGUUGCAGAUCCCCCAAUCCGAAAUGAAAAAUAUCUGGAUAUGAUCGCCUACGAGUUUUUGGUGUGGAAAUGCUGGAUCUUUUCGUCCUCACUCAUUUCCGUUCUUUAAUCUGUUUGCGCAAGCGGAAAAAAACACUUGUGUUUUGAUUAGAAUCGUUACUAUUUUGAUUUUCAGGUGGAAAAAGUUGUUAAUUGUUUAUAGAAAUCGAAAGUGGCGAAGAUGAGUUUGAGCACCGCAGAGGAUGACUCCGCAACUGAAAUCCAUCUGCCUGCUGAUAUAGAUUGGGAGAUGCUUGAUAAAUCCAAGUUUUUCUUCCUAGGCGCUGCUCUGUUUUCGGGGGUUUCAGGCACUCUUUACCCAAUUGUUGUGCUGAAAACGCGGCAGCAGGUGAUGUUGAACGACUGUCCGUGCUUCAAAAUGGCGGCCUCGAUCUUUAGAAACGAGGGGUGGAGGGGUUUCUACCGCGGUUUUGGGACUUCCCUUAUGGGAACUAUCCCGGCCCGAGCUCUCUACAUGGGUGCUCUCGAGGUUACCAAGAGUAGCGUAGGCAAUGUUGCUAGUCGCCAGCUAGGUUUAUCUGAGGCCUCAGCUUCGGCCAUAGCUAAUGCCGCUGCUGGGCUGAGUGCUUCCAUGGCUGCUCAGUUGGUUUGGACGCCAAUUGAUGUGGUGAGCCAGAGGCUAAUGGUGCAAGGAGGUGUGGGGGAUGGGAGUUCUUGCACAGUUGGGUUGAAGAAAUAUAACGGUGGGAUAGACGCUUUUAGGAAGAUUGUGCGCGCGGAUGGGGUGAGAGGGUUGUAUAGAGGGUUUGGGAUAUCUAUACUGACUUAUGCUCCUUCUAAUGCUGUGUGGUGGGCUUCUUACUCGAUGGCGCAUAGAGGGAUUUGGGGCUGCAUUGGAUGCUACGUCUGCAAGAAGAGUGAGAAUGGGAAUGGUUAUAGGCCGGAUGGGAAGUCUGUGAUGGCAGUUCAGGCAGUGAGUGCUGCGAUGGCUAGUGGAGCAUCUGCGCUCCUGACAAUGCCUCUCGACACUAUUAAGACGAGGCUGCAGGUUUUGGAUGGAGGCGGGGGUGAGGGUAGGACUCCCACAGUUGUGCAAACCGUGAGGAGCUUGGUGAAGGAGGGUGGGUUGGGUGCUUGCUACCGAGGGCUGGGACCAAGAUGGGCUUCAAUGUCGAUGUCUGCAACGACCAUGAUCACCACCUAUGAGUUUCUCAAGCGGCUCUCAACUAAGAAUCAAGAGAGCUUUGCUUUGUGAUCUGAGUUGGGGUAGAGCAGAUGAAGAAUCCAAGGGGUAAAGGAAGUGUUUUUCUCUACUGUCAGGCCCCUUUUUAUCAUACUAUUGUAAAUCUUGUAUAGGUGUAGAAAUGCAAGUUUCAACCUUUUCCCACUCACAUAAUGUUGUUGUCUAGACUGUUGAAAAGUUUCUUGGUCCGAGGUUAUGGAUCUCCAUGAAAACUAUCUUAGCUCAUAGUUCUUGUUAAUGAUGUUGAGAUUUGUAUUUUGGGAUGUGAAAAUCUUGAUUGGACUCAUUCCAAAUUGAUGGUGGCAGUGAUGAAA